AUGGGAAAUUGGGCAGAAAUUGUGCCAGAUGUUUUGAUUCUGAUUGUGAAUCGAGUAGAUUCGUUUGAAGAUUUUGUUGCUUUUGGUGGUGUAUGCACUUCAUGGCGAUCUGUUGCAGUCAAGCAAAAUUUCAAUACGUCCUCCCCUCAACUUCCCUGGCUCAUGCUCUCUGAAAAAGAAGAAGAAGAAGAAGAAGAAGAAGAAGGCAUUAAUAAUAAUAUGCGUGAAUUUUUCAGUCUAUCGAAAGGCAUGAUUCACAAAGUCCCUCUGCCGGAAGCCAGAGGUAAACGUUGUUUUGAAACACUGGGAUGGUUGGUAACCAUAACAAAAGACGGCGAGAUGGGACUGUUGCAUCCAUUCUCACGCCUUCAAAUUGGGCUUCCCCAUCAAACUACCUUCAAAUAUUUUCACCAGCAUCCGAUGGAUCCUGUGGAUUUCGUAUUCAAGGCAGUCUUAUCUGCAUCCCCUUCUCUUACUCCAAACUACGUACUCAUGGUUAUUCACGGAGCUGCCAAACACCUCGGUUUUUGGAGACCCGGCGGAGAGAAUUCUUGGACUGUCAUAGAAACCCGUGAUUUCCUGUACGAGGAUGUUAUUUAUUACAAGGGCCAAUUUUAUGCAUUAAGUAAUCAAGGCUCCAUUUUUGUUUGGGACGUUGGGGGUCCUAAUCCAACGGUGGCGCGAAGAGUUGGAGGAAUAAAAAGUGAAUUGCUUUGGUAUAUGCAGCCCUACCUGGUUGAAUCGGGUGCAGAAUUAUUGGUGGUUGCGCGAUAUGUAAUACAUCCAGGUGACGACACAGACCCAACUUAUGAGACCACUUCCUUUAAAGUGUAUGAGGUUGAUUUGAGCAAGGAGGCGAGAUGGCAAGAGAUUAACAAUUUGGGGGGAAGAGCACUCUUCUUGGGUCACAGUGCUUCCAUCUCUGUUGAUGCCUCUAGGUUUUUCCCAGCAAUCAAGCCCAAUUGUAUAUAUUAUACUGACGAUUACAUGGACAUGUACACAUACCCAGUUGACAACAACCCAGGAGGUGGGAAGGACAUGGGUGUUUACAACUUGGAAGAUGGAAGCAAGGAACCACUCAACUACAAAGGAGAAUCCCUUAGUUAUACUUGUCCUCCAGCUUGGGUCUUGCCUUCUUUCUGA